AUGGAUUUUACAGAGCUCUAUCGCCAGUCAUCGUCCCUCGUCUCCUUCAGUCCCGGUGCCUCUUUCAUUCUCACAGCAGUUCAGGACAGAGUCAUAGUUCGUCGUGCAGACACGUUCCAGAUAACAAGAACCUGGCUCGUUGACCCAUCUCCAACAGCAACCCAGGCUGCCUUGGUGACACAAUCAACUUCGAAGCAGAAAUCUUCAUCGUCCGCCGCAUCCUCUUCAUCCCCAGACUCCAGAAUCACGCAUCUAGGCUGGUCUUGCGACUCAGAAUAUAUAUUGGCGGCAUGUGCAAAGAAGGGCGCUGUUCAUAUCUUCAAGCUACGCGACGAAGAGUGGAGUGGACGGAUUGACGCUGGCGCUGAAGGCCUUGUAAAGGCAGAAUGGGGGCCGGAUGGUCGAACAAUACUCUGUUUCUCCGAAUGGGGGCUGAGGGUCACCGUAUGGUCAUUAGUGACGGGGUCAGCGACGUAUAUCCAAUUCCCUAUUCAUCCCGAUAAAGCCUAUGCGUUCCGGUCAGAUGGCCGGUACUUUGUCCUGGCUGAACGUCAUAAAUCCAAGGAUACGAUCGGCGUAUAUGAUGCAACAGAUUCCUAUAAGCUGGUUCGACAUUUCACCCUCCCAACAUCGUCCCUAUCCUCGCUGUGCCUGUCUCCUACGGGCAAUCACAUUGCAAUAUGGGAAGGUCCACUCGAGUACAAGCUGCAUGUGAUGACCUUGGCUGGGCAAUCGGUUACUUGCUUCAGCCCAGAUCAAGAUCCGGGGUUUGGUAUCCGCAAUGUUGCUUGGCACCCGAACGGCCUGUUUCUGGUCGUAGGGGGUUGGGAUGACAAGAUCCAUAUUUUGGACUGUCUGAGCUGGUCACCUGUUGGCGUAUUGGAACUCUCCUCCCGUAUUUCCGGGUCUGUUACUGUGUGGAGAGAGCCUUCCAGGUGGCUGGAAGCAACUGAAGGCCGAGGUUUUCUUUCAUACGAGAAGCUUCAAGGGACGCAAACGCUACAAGUUAACCGCGUCGAUUUGACGAGGCCGUACCCCAAGAGCGGGAUCCUGCAACUCGAAUUCAACAUCACUGGUAGUCUGCUCCUUGUCAGAUUCGAAACUACCCCUAAUGUUUUGCACAUCUUCGAUUUCCCUUCACCCAAGGACCAAUUCCUUCCUCGCUUACGAACGGUUCUGAUCCAUUCGCAACCCAUCUUGCAUGCCCGAUGGAACCCCGUGCGUAAGGGCAAUCUAGCCUUGUGUUGCGGAACGCAAAGCGUUUAUACGUGGAGUGAUGAAUGGGUCGGAGAGGCUGGUCAGCAGGAGGAUAUGGCAGAGUGUAUCGGCGUUCCAGCUAAGCAAUUCGAGACGAAGGACAUCAAGUGGUCUCCUGAUGGGAAAGGUAUCAUCUUGAUGGAUCGAGAGCAGUUCUGCUGUUCUUUCGAGGUGGAAGAGGAAUUUUGA